CUGAUGUAGAAUGUAAUCAAAAUGCGACAGUGCAGGCCUUUUAUUUUGUUUACAUUGAUUUUGACGACCGUUUCCGUGCGAAACUUAGCAACAGCGUCCGGUUGCCCGGGAGCACCGAAAGCGGAUUCGCUUGAUAUAGACAGUUGUUUUCAGGACCCACUCGGUAGAUCUGUCGAAAUGGCGAGCAGAUUGUUUGCCUGUGAUUUUGAAGUGUUUGGUAUUGUGCAAGGGGUGUUUUUCCGGAAGUACACCCAGAAACAAGCCAAAGGGUUAGGAUUGCGCGGUUGGUGUAUGAAUACUCGCGAAGGAACAGUGAAAGGACAAAUGGAAGGCGAGGAAGCACCAAUAAAUGAAAUGAAACAUUGGCUCAAGACCAAGGGUAGUCCUACUAGUCGUAUUGAUAAGGCUGUCUUCGGUGAUAUGAAACCAAUAGAGAAAUACUCCUUCAAUGAUUUUGGCAUCAGGCGUUGAACCGGUAGCUAAUGUCAAAUUGAAGAAUUAUAUAAAUUUGUGCGUAUUUUAUUUAUUAUAAUUUAAGUUAUUGUGAGAUUAGUAAAAAAAUUGAAAUUAAAUGCUUGAAGUAUGUAGUGGGUGAA